AUGGAUCACUUAUCUUAAAGGCAAUUACUAUAAUUAUUGUAUGAAAAGGAUUGUUAUAUUUAAGCACUUGAAUAGUAAUUAGAAUUUAGUAGACAAGAAGUUUAAUUGCUUAAAAGUCAAAAAUAAUCAAUAUUUAUUCAAAAUGUCUCCUCUGAUGAAGAUUGCAAUAUAGAUGAGAAUUCAGAACCUGCAAUUAGCGAUAGCAGAGUGGAAUAAUUUUAGAGUUCGGGCUAGAAGAUUAAAUUAAAGGCUCCUCUUUAAAAUAGCAACAAUUUUAAUAUUUCUCAAUUUAGAUAAUCUACUUAAUAGGUAAGGCACAAGGUUUUGGAUUAUUUUGAUAUUUAAAAUGCUACUACUAAUAAUGAAAGAGUCAACGAUGAAUAAUUGUUUGAUGAUUUAUUCAUUCUGGGAUUAGGAUCAGAAUAAUCAAAUGAACCAUAAGUGAUUUAUUCAUACAAUCAACUUAGUAAGCAUUUAUAGUCAAGCUAGAAAAUCAAUAGCAAAUUCUAUCAAUUUCCAAAUUCAUAUUACCAGACGGAUGCAAACCUAUAGUCAUUCCUAUGUCAUUUAGUUUGGAAGACAUCAACUUAAUGAUGAAUCAUAAUUAUCACAUUGAUUCCCCUAAUUGUUUUGUUAUUCUGACUAAGCAAACUGAGAAACAAUAAUUAAAAUAUCAUAUUUGUUAUCGAUAUAAUGAUUUUACAGUUUUAAGUCCCUAGUAGGUCAGAUUUAGUAAGAGAGCAAUUUGUUUUACAACCAGCAAAUGUUUAGUUGACUUUUACCAGCAAAUUCUAAUUGUAAUUUUGUCUCAGUUAAAAUCCAUGAGAAGUAACCUUUAUUCGAGAACAAACAACAUUUCGUUAGCAGAUUCAAAAUAUUUUGAUAAGAACGUUGCUUAAAUAUGUUUGAGGAUUUUAUCAUAAUUGUCCUAAAAUAACUAUCCCAAUUUCAUUACCAUCAAUAAUUAAGAAUUAAAAAUAAGUGAAAAUGAUAAUAUUUAAUGGGUAUUGAUAUUUGAAAUAUUAGGGAAUUCCAUAAUUAUUUAAGAAAUUGAAUUCUUAAAGUUUGAUUAAAAUAUUUUUAAGUUGUUUAAUUGAGAAAUCAAUUGUUUUUGUUAGUAAAUCACCUUAUUUAUCAACUGCAGCAUGUUUACUGUGUUAAAAGUACUUACUUAAACCAUUUGCAUGGAUUCAUCCAAUAAUUAGUAAUUUGCCUUUGGAAAACAUUGUAUAUCUAGGAAGUCCUGUGCCAAUAAUUGCUGGCCUAGAAUGUGUAAGUAUUCUUGUAUAAUCUAGAAUUUCUCUAAUCUAUAUAGUCAAGGGAUUAUUAAUAAGUUUUAGAAUGCUAUUUUUAUUAAUUUGGAUAGCAAAUAAUAAAUACAAUUCGGAAACACAGAUUAAAUUCCACUAUUAUCAGCUGAAUUAAUGACGUAUCUUUUGGGAAGGUUAGAUUCUUAUUUUUAAAAAUGCUAGUCAAAUCAUGGUAACUACAGUUAAUGUCUGUAAAUUUUUAAUUAGUUGUUUCAUGCAAGAGUAAUAAGAAAUAUUCCAAUAGAACCAAUUAGAUAGAAUACUUAUUAAACACCAAAAGCAAUUAAUAAAGUAUUACUAGAUUAUGAGAGAAUAGCCUAAAAGACAUUGCAAAAUAUGGGAACAGUAAAUUCCGAUCAAGUAAUCUGGAAAUAAUUUUUUCAAACCCAAAUUUUUAUAUAAUUUAUUGAUUAAUAUUAUCAUUGA